AUGGAAGCUCAGUUUGGCAAGGACAUCACCAUCAAUCAAGAUCCUAACCACUAUGUGAAGGGUCUCAUCAAGAGCUUUGAACACCUUACUGAAGACUUCCCUGCUUUGGCAGACCUGGGCGCCUCACUGAAGACUCAUUUCCUACUUGGUGUCAAGUAUCACUGGAAUGAAGAGGCAUUCUGCAGCCACAUGCGUGGGUUUGUGCCUCACACCACGGACGAGUGCCACACCCAGUGUCUGCAUGCCCCACAGCCACAAAAGACAACCCCCCACUUGCACCCGGUCAAUGAUGCAGCAGCGGUUGACGCACUUUGGGUGUUCAUAGAGGGCUACGUUGAUGAUUGA